CGGCGGGGGUUAAUUGCCGGAAAAAGAACCUCUGGCCGGGGUCCGGGAUUGCCCGCCGGCGCUGCGGGGCUGGAGGGAGUGCGGCGUGUGCGCCCGGCGGGCCAUGGCUCCGGGCGCGGGCGCUCCGGGGUAGCACGGGCGAGGCUGCGCGGCCCCACGCGCCUCCCUCACCGACCCUGGUGGUGGCCCGGCCCGGCCCCGGCAGCUAUGGGGCUCCUUCGGCUGCUGGUCCUGGCUCUGCUGGCGUCGCAGCCGGAGGUGGUUGGGGGAGCCGAGACCGUCGGGAACUCCAGCGAGGGUCUUCUUGAAUUUUCUAUGGGGACAUUUAGAUACUUCGAGCUCAACAGGCCCUUUCCAGAGGAAGCUAUUUUACGUCAUAUUUCCAGCAAUGUGACUUUUCUUAUUUUCCAAAUACACUCCCAGUAUCAGAAUACAACAAUUUCUUUUUCUAAGACUCCCUUGCCCAAUACUUCGGGAACAGGCACUGACAAAGGGCUGGUUUUCAUUCUUAGACCAGAGCAGAGUAUGUGCACUUGGUACUUGGAGACCUUAGAUGCUGAACCUGUGCAAAAUGUGGCCAUCCCACUCUCCUACUCAGGAAGAGAUCCUAUCCCUGGAGGCUGUAAUUUGGAGUUUGAUUUAGACAUUGAUCCUAAUAUUUACUUGGAGUAUAAUUUCUUUGAAACAACUAUCAAAUUUGCCCCAGCAAACCUAGGCUACGCGAGAGGUACAGAUCCUCCACCAUGUGACAUUGGGACGGGCCGGGACUCUAGGUGGAGGUUGCAGUAUGAUGUCUAUCAGUAUUUCCUGCCCGAGAAUGACCUCACUGAGGAGGGGUUGCUACAGCAUCUGCAGAGGAUGGCCGAAGUGCCUCAGGUGAUGGCCAAUGCUAUCAAGGUGGUUACCCUAACAGCUAAUGAUAAGACAAGUGUUUCCUUCUCCUCCCUCCGGGGACAAGGUGUCAUUUAUAAUGUCAUUGUCUGGGACCCAUUUCUAAAUACAUCUGCUGCUUAUGUUCCGGCUCACACUUACGCUUGCAGCUUUGAGGAAACAGAGGGAAAUUGUUCUUCCCUUGGAAGAGUAUCCUCCAAAGUGUUCUUCACUCUUUUUGCACUGCUUGGUCUCUUCAUUUGUUUCUUUGGACACAGAUUCUGGAAAACAGAAUUAUUCUUCAUAGGCUUUAUCUUCAUGGGAUUCUUCUUUUAUGUACUGAUUACAAGACUGACACCUAUUAAGUAUGAUGUUCGUCUGAUUCUGACAGCCAUCGCUGGAAGCGUUGGUGGGAUUUUCUUGGUAGCUGCCUGGUGGCGAUUUGGAAUCCUGCUGCUCUGCAUGCUGUGUGUUGGACUAGUGCUGGGCUUCCUCGUCUCGUCAGUGACUUUUUUCACUCCACUGGGAAACCUGAAGAUUUUUCGUGAUGAUGGCGUGUUUUGGGUGACCUUCUCUUGUAUAGCUGUUCUCAUUCCAGUAGUUUUCAUGGGCUGCCUAAGAAUACUGAACAUACUGACUUGUGGGUUCAUUGGCUCCUAUUCGGUAGUCUUGGCUGUUGACAGUUACUUGUACACAAGCCUUUCUUACAUCACUUUGAAUGUACUCAAGAGAGCACUCAACACGGAUUUCCGCGGAGCUUUCACAAAUGUGCCUUUUCAAACUAAUGACUUUAUUAUCCUGGCAGUCUGGGGGAUGCUGGCUGUAAGUGGAAUUACGUUGCAGAUUCGAAGAGAGAGAGGGCAACCGAUCUUUCCUCCCCACCCAUACAAGUUGUGGAAGCGAGAGAGGGAGCGCAGAGUAACGAACAUUCUGGACCCCAGCUACCACAUCCCUCCAUUGCGAGAGAGGCUCUAUGGCCGAUUAACCCAGAUCAAAGAGUUCUUCCAGAAGGAACAGCCAGCCGGAGAGAGAACACCCCUGCUUCUAUAGAUGCCAAGGGGCUUGGUCAGUGUGAUCUUGAAAUACAGCUCAGGCACCGUGUCUGCUUUGGUGUUUAUGGCUAGCCCGCUUCAGCAGUCUCCGGUGCAAGUCUAAUAAGAAAACAGGCUUCUAUGCUUUGCACAACACUGUGCUGUCCUUAUUGGUAUAUGGUAAGGGUAUGCCAGGGAGAUGAUAAUUCUGAGUGAGAGUGAGAAAGAUGACCAAAAAGUCGGUGGUAAGGAGGCUUUUCCUUGUUCCCAAAUACUUAAGAAAUUACCUUUUGGUUUACAAAUAUAUGAUCAACUUAUUCCUUGAAAUUCCUUGAAAUAGACUAAAAAAAGAAAAGAAAUUAAAAAACAAUGAUUCUCCUGUAAAGGCCUGCUAUUUCUUUUUAUCUCCUUCGACAAUUCUCUCACCCGAGUCUUGUCUAAAUUUCGGGGGCGGGGGCACAGAAGGUGCUUUAUUUAAGUGUUAGACUGAAUCUUUGUUUGCCACUGUGUUUGGAAGUCUAGGGGUUUGAUACUGGGCCUUUGAACUUCAGAGGACAAAAGAAGGAGAACUAACUGGUUUUCUUACUAAAAGCAGUCUGAUGACUACUUGCAUCUUUCUGAGUAUCAUAUAUUAUCAAAAGGUACCCCAUUUUGUUUCUUUUUAAUUGUGGUAAAAUGCACAUUUACCAUAUCAAUCAUUUUUAAGUAUAUAGUUCAGUAGGUGCCCGUUGUCUUUUCCUUUUAUUGCUUAAAAUGGUAAUUUAAAUAACUAAAUUUUUCAAUUAUUUGACUCUAGGUCAAUUUAUAUACAUAAUAGAAGUUUUAUAUGGAUGAUUUAUUUAUAUUCCAAACAACAGCCUUUGCUUUUUUUCUUUCAAGGCCUUUUAAAAUAAUGUUGACAGCUGAUCUCUAAUUUAACUGCAUUCGAUGACAUGAGUUGUUUUGUUUUUAGGAAAUAAAUUGGCUACUACCUUAAUCUGUAGUCCCCUUAACAAGGAAACCUUUAAAAAGAUUGCAUUUUGUAGUUCUUUCUGCUAAAUUAGUUGUUAUUAACAUUGAUGUAAAAUACAAUUUCAAAAGAUUUAUUUUGUAUAUGAAGCCUUUGUACCAUCUGUGUUUUAAAGUGAUGGGGAGGGAGUCAAAAAGGAUUCAAGUGUUUAAUGGAGCAGCUUUUAAUUAGGGCCUUGGAUUCUGUAAGGAGAGUCCCUUCAGCUUUUUUUUGUUUUCUGUGUGUGUGUGUGUGUGUGAGAGGAAGAUUGGCCCUGAGCUAACAUCUGUUGCCAGUCUUCCUCUUUUUGCUUGAGGAAGAUUGUUGCUGAAUUAACAUCUGUGCCAGUCUUCC